AUGGCUGUGUUUCAGUCGGAUCUCCGGUCGGCGACCCACAUUGCGACCCCCUUGUCUCACCUCCUCAACCCGGCCCGCUCUGACUUCACACCCGACACUCGCCUCUCGGUCCGUACGCCGCGGGCGAGUUUGAUAGCUCUCAUUGCGGGGAAGAAAAAUGCGAAUAAGCCAUCCAUUUGUACGGCCGACGAGCUUCACUACGUAUCUGUACAUAACUCCGACUGGAGGCUUGCUCUCUGGCGCUACAAAGGCUCUCCCAAGGCUCCUCUGAGGAAUCAUCCGCUAUUGCUUUUAUCUGGAGUUGGUACGAAUGCAACUGGAUAUGAUCUGGCUCCUGGGUGA